ACUCUUCACGUGUGGAUUAUUCUUGUUUAGAUUUCAGGUGUUUGAAAAAAAACAUGAUCCGUAACGGAAAUAUUUGAAAUAGGGCUUUACUUUUAUUUGGGAAGUUAAAUUUCACAAACAAUGGCUUUGUCACAGGUUCAGUGCUUGGAUGACAACCACGUGAACUGGCGAUUGCACGAGUCCAAACCCGAGUUCUUCUACAGCGAGGACCAACGACUGGCGUUGGAGGCGCUCAUCCAGGACGGGAGACACGCUUUCCAAGAGUAUAUGCAGACGCACGAUGUUCGUCCGUUUCUGUCAGAGCUGGAGUUGGACCAGCUGAUAGGUACUGCGGAGCUGUACCAGCCUGGCUCUGAGCCUUCAGCGGAAGAUGGUCGGGAAGAGAGUGAGGAUGUUACAGGGUCUCUCCAGUACUGGCCGGAGCGUUCUGACAGUUCGAUUCCUGACCUAGACAUGGGAUGGCCUGAUUGCUGUUCUUAUCGAGGAGUGACCCGUGUUAAUGUGUACACACAACCUCCAAUGGACGGACAGAUGCAUAUCAAAGAAGUAGUCAGGAAAACCAUAGCGCAGGCACAGAAGGUUAUUGCUGUGGUCAUGGACCUGUUUACAGAUGUGGACAUUUUUAAAGACCUGCUUGACGCCUGUUUCAAACGGAAGCUGGCUGUGUACAUUAUACUGGAAGCCCGUGGGCUGCCACACUUUCUGAGCAUGUGCAAGAAGGCAGAAAUGCACACAGGGCACUUGAAGAAUCUGAGAGUGCGCAGUACCGGCGGGACAGAGAUCCACACGCGCUCCCUGAAAAAGGUGCAAGGGUCUCUGAGCCAGAAGUUCAUGUUUGUGGAUGGAGAUCGAGCCGUGACAGGGUCCUACAGCUACACGUGGACUGCAUCCAGACUGGACAGAAACCUCAUCACAGUGCUCACAGGCCAGGCCGUAGAGACUUUUGACAGGCAGUUCCGGGAACUAUACUUCAUAUCCAGAGAUGUAAACCUCAACAAGAUCAACCUGGCAGCAGAGCCCGCACCCGAGCCCCUGCCACAAGCUACAGCCAUGCCUGUCACCUCCGCUGCCGUAGCCCGAAAACUCAUCAACCCCAAAUAUGCCCUGGUCAGCUGUAAUGGCGGGGAGGGUGACAGCAGAGAGUCUUCGGACAAGAGCAGCCCCAAGAACAGCAACGGCAACCAUCCCGUGCAGAAAGUCCUCCAGCGCCCAAGAGAAGUGGUGGAGAUGCCUCCAAUCCACCCGGGGCUCCUCGACCUGGAGAGGGCUAACAUGAUCCAUUAUCUGCCCACCUGGCCAGAGCCAGACCCACCCAGCGAUGUCAUCGGGUUCAUCAACAUCCGGGAUUCCAGCAAGCCCGUGCAGGUCCACUUGAUGCGCUCUGAGAUGUUUGAGACCUCACAGGCUAUCCGCUUCAAGGACCCCUUUGUCAAAUCUGAGGAACCACUCCCUGACAAGGCCUGCCCCAGACCAAGACCUGAAAAUCUGCCGGCUAAUCCAGCAAUUGUCCAGGACCAGCAACAUACAAAGCCUGAGCCUCAAAAGAGCCAGACAGAACAAGUUAAAAAACCCUCCCAACUUGUGGACAGAACCCUGCAUACAGAGAACAUCCAGAGAGAGAAGAACACACCACCCCUUCCCAUCCCUAUCCCCACACCCAAAACUGUUCAGCCGCUUAUUGUUAACCACACUGAUGAAAUCACACCAGGGAUCACCUUGACCAAAAAGCCAGAACAAAAAUCUGAAACGCCAUCAAGCUCACAGGGCCUGACUCCUCCACAUACCACAGACUCUCCUCUGAUUCGUGACACAGUCUCCACCUCAAUCACACAACCAUAUAAGGAACCAACAGAGGGUGCAGGAGACAGAAUCACAGGUAUAAAUGAUUUGAGAGAUAAACCAAAAGAACACAAGGUGGAAACCAGUGCAACUGGGUUGAAUUGCACAACAGCACCUCAAGCUCAAUGUCCCAAAGAUGGCUCCAGCACAUCAGAGGAAUAUUAUGAGUGCAAUGGCUCUGACCAUUUUGGCUCACAGCUUGAUCUCAGAUCAAGUAGAGCAUUAACUGGAUCAAACUGUGUAGACAUAGGCAAACCCCCCAAUGAACUAAAUACCGUGGUUGCAGUUUCGCAGUCGAAGGUGGAACCAGCACCACAGACCCAGUCAGACAACCAGCAACUAUCGGCAGUUGUCCAGACAAGCCAAGAGAAGAAGCAAAGACAACCAGAUGGACAUGUUGAGAAAAAGAAGCCACUUCCGGCUUCCAGAUCUCCAGCCAGCAACAUCCGUUCUCAGCAAGAAGGCCAGGGGCGAGGUACAGCCAGAGGAGCAACUGCCAAACCCGAUGGCUGCCCCCGGCAACCUAAAGCUGUGGGGCCUCUGACAGGGGGACACAACUACUGGCAGAGCAAGCAGCUGGGUCAGGGCAGGCCUGGGCCCAGCUUCUCCCCGUCCCAAGACAAGUCAUCCGGCAGCUUCCCAAACAACCCAGCCCAAACGCAGCUGGGAAACACUCACGCUGGCCGUCCCGCUGGCCGUCAAAGCUCCCCCUACAGGCAGCCCCAGGCACAGCCCCAAAUGCAAGUGGACAGACCCCAGGCCAGCGGGUCUCCUGGCCGCCCUAGCUCCCCCUACAGGCGACUCCAGACACAGCCCCAAGUACAGCUGGACAGAUCCAGGACCAGUCAUUCCAUGAGUCAUCAGAACCCCAUCUACAGGCAGCAACAGACACCGCUAGGAAAAUCACUGAUUGGUCAUCAGAUCGUUCCACAGGAGCCAACUACCUCUCAGAGGGACAGCCGGACUGCUUUCUUUGCAAGACUUUCCCAAUAUAAACCCCUGAGGGGGAAGACCUCAGACACUCCGCUGGCCAGCCCACACAGGAAGGCAUAGAUAGGGAACAAGAGAAGUACUUAGCUGCCAUUUAACAAGCCAUCAUUGGUGGGGCACAUGAUAUGUUGCUCUUCCAUGCUUUUGAGUGGCCUAUAUCAUCUUUAGAUAUCCUCAUCGAGACUUGGGAUAGGUGCGUCUAAAAAACGUCUUUCCCAGGCCACCUUUUUAAGAUUGCCUCAACUGUUUGGAAAGAUCAGGCAUCAGACAGCACGGGAACUAAACUAUUCACUUCCUCUUACUUCCUGCAUAAUGAUCAGCCCCUAUGGGGAUCAUAAUGACAGGAUCAAGAGGGAUGUUGGCUGGCAGUGUUUGUACUGGUUAGUUCACCACAGAGGAUGGUGAAGGUGAUGAGGAUGAUGUAGAUCUUCUAAAGCAGGUUCCCAACAGUGAGAUUUUGGAGAUGCAGGAUUUUCUGUUGGAUGGUCAUUUGUUUGAAUUUUAUUUUAAAGCCUAUUUAGACACCUUUACAUGCUCUGUUGUGACUCAGGCAUUGUACAGUUGACCUCAGGAGGGAAUUCAGUAUGUAACUUGUAAUGAUAUGACAAAUUUAUUGAUGAGCUACAAGAAAAUUUAAAUAUAAAGCCAGAUGUUUACCUUAGAGGGUCAGUUUGGUCAGGACAUAAAAACAAUGAAAACAAUACAAUAAAAAGUUGUUAUAAGGUAUUAGUGACCUAUACAUUCUCCUACAAUACAUUCCAGAAUUAGUGCCAGCAAGUGUCACCAUGCUUGUGUCUUACCUUAAGCAGCAGGCUUGGAAAACCUGUUAUAUGAUUCUGAAACGCUCCAUUCCAGUUGUCACGGUUGUCAUUUAUAGGGAAGAUCUUGAAGUGCACAUAACAAUUUUCUCAGAAAUGAUACCAGUAGUUUACCUUACGUUAUCGACAGAUGAGCCUGCUUGGAACUAGCUGCACAUACAGUGUCAUAAAAACAAAUAUUUACUUGAAAACUAACCCGCACAAAGUGUUUAGUUGGACACACUAAGCACACGGGGUGAUUUAUUUGCAAUAUAUUUACAAAUGCUUGAUUUGUCCAACCAAGCACUCUUUUAGGUUUUAUUUUAUCUAGGUGAAACGCUAGGACUUCCACCACACUAGUAUUCAGCUAAUUUAUUAUGGGAAAAUAGGAGCCUUUUCAUUUAUUUGUAUGAAGGCAAGUUUGACUUUUAGAAAACAAUACUGAUUUGAACAGAAUCAAAA